AUGUCUGGAAACAUCUUCAAAUGGAGGAGACGGCGACAGCUGUCCUCGGAUAUGGAUUCACGAUUUGGAGACGUAUCUAUCUCAUCUCCCAACGAGGGGUCGUGGAAUGAGAUGGCACAUAUGCAAACCACCCAUUCGCAACCGCCCGAAACAAACAAGGCUAGCCGCCUGAAAGCGCUGUUUCGUUCGAAUGCCGCAGAGCAGCCAGUGUAUACGAAUGCGGUACAACAGCCAGCUCCUGUGGUACGCCCUGAGAAACCAGAGAUUCAGGUGCCACAUCAUCCGAUGGUUGAUAUCGAGGCCCAUAAACGGUCCAUGUCGGCAGAGGGACGUCGGGGGUCUGGUGGACGACGAAAUGGUUCAGGUCAGACUCUUGUCAACACUGGCUCUCCGAGAAGCAUUGGCGAUGUGUUGGAUUCAUCGUCAUCCUGCAGCUGCGAUGGGGACGACGAAGAAGAAGAUGAGCGCAAGAUAAGACGACCUCCUCGCCAACGGAGUCAGUCGCAAGACUCAUCGUCUCAGCAUCAUACCAGCCGAGCAGCACGCCAGCAUCGAUCGCCACCGCUCUCGUCAACAGCCGUGAUGCGCCGAUACAGCUCCCAGAGCGCAGCUCAAAGCUCAGUCACAAACUCCACGCCCUCCACGGCGACGUUCAGCUCCAGGCACACCAGCAUGACCUCGGCGGCGUCCCACGGCCAUCACCAGCGCUCGAUUCCGCCGCGGUUGCAGGAAGAGAUUCCUCCCGUGCCCACGAUGAUUCCUUCCUUCUCGUCGACGCGCUGGGCAAAGAAGUCACGUGCAAAGGGCUCGACCAAGCGGGCGACGGGCAGCUCGAUUGGCCCACAGGAACUUGUUCCUUCGCACGACGAGCUCUGGGGAUACUGA